AUAGAAUCCGCGUACUCAGUGUCCCUUGCACGCUUCGCCACCUCGUGCACACAUAAUCUGCCACGGCCUUUGAAACGCUAUAUAAAGUGACAAAGCUGGCUCGCUCCGGUAUCUCGCUUCGACUUUAAACUCGCGUUUUCCGGCCGCGUCGCGCAAUUCAAAAAGAACCCAGGCAGCUUUUGUCACAAUUCUAUCGACAGCCAAUCGACCCAGAGAGGCAGCACGAGGUGAUUAAGCGACGAGACUUAAAGGACGCUGCCAGCAGUAUCGCGCGCUUCAUUCCCGAGAAUGUCACUUCAAGUCGCGCAUCGCCGAGGCGUUGUUGAAUUGAUGUAUCGGCAAUCCUAAUCCGGAUUGAUUUCACACCGUCGAGAAGUGCCAUAGCACAUUAAAUACAUCGUAUCCAUAUAUUUCUUCCCAAGACUCAGAAAGAAAAAACAUACAUAAUGAAGCAAUACAUCUUGUUACUAUGCAUCAUAGCAGUUUUUCAAGAUUCUAAAGCAUUACGAAAAGGAUCUACGGACUACGAAGAUAUGUCCUUCUGGAUGAAGUCUGGCCAAGCGACCCUACACAAGAUCCUGACACACCAAAACAACGAGAACCGUGCCAAGAAUGUGAUCAUCUUUAUCGGGGACGGCAUGGGUUUGUCCACCAUCACGUCUGGUCGAAUCUACGUAGGUCAGCUCAAUGGUCAGACCGGUGAGGAAUAUCAACUCGAGUUCGAAAAGUUCCCCAACACCGGUUUCGCCAAGACUUAUAAUGUGGAUAAACAAGUGCCUGAUUCCGCUGGAACAGCUACUGCAAUAUUUUCCGGUGUAAAAACUCGAUAUCACGUUAUCGGAUUGGAUGGCAGAGCCGAUAGCAAAAAAUGCGAUAAGAAGAUCAAUGAAAUUAGCAAACUAUCCACCAUAGCCAAUUGGGCACAACAAUCCGGCAUGGAUACAGGAUUUGUUACCACCACUCGUAUCACCCACGCUACUCCCGCGGGACUUUACGCGCAUACUAAUCAUCGUGACUGGGAGUGCGAUACCCUCGUACCAACGAAACAGCAAAAUUGUAUCAAAGAUAUCGCCAGACAACUUAUUGAGGAUGAACCGGGAAAUCAAUUUAAGGUUAUUAUGGGUGGCGGUGCGCAAUACUUGGGCAUGAACGUGGAACCAAUUGAUUUCAAUUCUUGUGUGCGAUCCGAUGGUAGAAAUUUAAUAAAAGAAUGGCAAGCAAAUCAUGCCAAAGGAAGAGUCGUCAACAAUACGCAAGACCUCAUGUCUAUCGACAUCAACGACACGUCGCACAUCCUUGGCGUUUUUUCGCCUAAUCACAUGCCCUACCAUGCUGUAAAAAGCGCCGAGACUCCUUCGCUAGUAAAUAUGACGACGCAAGCAAUAAAAUUGCUGAAGAAGAACAAAAAUGGAUUCUUGCUAAUGGUUGAGAGCGGCAAGAUCGAUAUAGCUCAUCAUAGCAAUUGGGCGCAACUAGCACUGCGCGAACUGUACGAACUUGAAGAAGCGGUCAAGGCAGCUCUUCGAUUAGUAAACUUGGAAGAGACAUUAAUCAUUGUCACAGCUGAUCAUUCACAUUCGUUCACAUUAAAUGGAUAUCCUGUAAGAGGCAACGACAUUCUCGGUUUUGCCAACAAGACUGAUCAACAACCUUAUGAAACGCUCUCUUAUGCUAAUGGUCCUGGAUUCUUUUAUCAUCGGAGAAACGAUAGCAAUAACGUUAAUGAGACGUGGAGAAACAUCGCUGAGGAUCCGACUCGAUCGAAUGAUCCUUUUUAUAUGCAUUUUGCUGGCAAAUACCUUAAGGAUGAAAGUCAUGGCGGGGAAGAUGUCGGAGUUUAUGCUAUCGGUCCUUACGCGCACUUGUUCCGAGGUACUUUUGAGCAGAAUUACAUUGCUCACGCCGUGGCAUACGCGGCUUGCUUUAAAGAUUGGCCGUCUCAUUGCGACAACGCUUAUCGCCAUCGUUAUUUUUACGGUGUCAAUGAACUAAGCAGGUUCAAUUCGGCAGCACAAAAUAUUAUACCGUUUAUAAUUCUGAUAAUCUUUUCCUUAAUAAUGGUUAUAUGACUCGGAUAAAAAACGAUAAUACAUUUUAUUUAAAUGAUAAUACAUUUUUUUAGCCAAAAUGAAUGAUUAUACCACUGCAAAUGAUUAUAUCACUGCGAAAAAAAAAUCAUUUUGAUAAAUUAGUACAAAUUAUAUUUAUUUUACGGAUCUUUUUCUUGCACCUACCGAAGAAUAUUUUAACUGUAAAUUUUAUUAAUAACGCGACGUUUGUGCUUUUUUUGAAACACAAAUGUAUAACAUUUUGAUAAGCUAAACUAAUAAUGAGUCGCAAUCGCGAAUAUCGUAUACGAUGUUUUCAUAAUUUACCUCGCUUAUUUCUCGUAGAUGUAAUUAUAUUAUGAUGUAAUCAUAUUAUGAGGAUAUAUUAAUUUUCUAAUAAUUUUAUUUAUUGUGAUAAUAUUUAAGGUGUAAAGAAUGAUUUGAUUGAAUGAUGCAGAUUACGAGUAACGCGAUAAUUAUUUGUAAGACAAUAUUAGUUUCACGCAAAAAUACCAUUUAAUACUAUAAGAGAAUCUUUGGAAGAAAUUUUUAAUAAUUUUGUACAGUUUACUUUUACGAAAAGAUAUAUAGAUAAUAUGAUAUAGAUGUAUAAAUAAUAUGAUAUGUAUAGAUGAAAUUAUAUAAAAUAAAGAACAAAUAUAAUAAAAA